ACUCUGACCCCUUAUUAUCACAUUCUCAGGUGGAAGAGAUCAGAUGGUUGCUACUCGCUUUAAUUGACCUUUUCAUUUCAAUACGCCUUCCGAGUGCAGGUUUUUACAUAUCUAUGGCAGCAGAAGAGGGAGCCGCCACCGGCGCCGCCGCCGCUGCCACUGCUGCGCGUCUAUUUAUAGGAACAACAUGUGUGCUUCUGACCAGAACGCUGCAGAGUUUACUGAGCCUCUACUUCAACGUUUUAGAAAAUAAAAUCUGCGAGCCAGUGGGAACUGUGUUCGUCUCAGUGGCUUUGGGGGUUUAAAGAGGAGCCAAACUCAGAGACGCUUCACCAUGAACCGGGCCCGGGCCUCGUUUCAGGCUCACCCGUACAUCAGCAACGUUCUGGGAUACACGGCGCUGUUUGCCUCGGCGGACCUCAUCCAGCAAAGAGUCCUGGCUAGAAAUCCCGCCCCUGCAUCCGAGCGGCCCGCCGAGAUCGACUGGCAUCAGACGGCUCGAGUGGCGACUGUGGGUCUGUGUUUCCACGCCAACUUCAACUACCACUGGCUGCGAGGGCUGGAGAGGAUGCUGCCCGGCGGCGGGCUGAGCGCAGUGACGAGGAAGGUGGUGCUGGAUCAGCUGGUUGCUGCUCCGGUUACCAUUAGCGCUUUUUAUAUUGGUUUGAGCUUUUUAGAAAACAGAGACGACCUACUUGAAGACUGGCGACAGAAAUUCUGGACGUCUUACAAGGCCGGAGUGGUGUAUUGGUCAACGAUGCAGGCUGUCAACUUUGCCUUUGUGCCUCCUGUGGCUCGUACUGCGUUUGUGGGAGGAAUCGCUCUGACUUUCACCAUCUUUCUAUGUCAUCUUAGACAGCAGCGUGGACACAGACCUGACUAAACCUCAGACAUUCAUGUUUAGGAGACGUAUUGUAAAAUACAGGCAUUAACUGAAGCUCAUUUGAAGGGGAGGUUAUAUGUGAAAACUCUGAAAGAAUAACAUUCACACAUCUGUGAAUCAGAUGAUCGUUUCUUUCCAAGUUGUUCACUGUGAUUUGUUUACAAAUGUUAAAUAAAUGAAUGCAUAAAUGCCUGAUCUUUGCUUCUCU